UGUAGAUGUAAACGUUUGUUGAUUUGUUUCUGCAGCUUAUUUUUUUAACUAGUAUAUAUUAUAUUUAUUGAACUUUAACAAAUUGCACACACACUUUGAUUAAAUUAAGACUUUUGAAAAUUUUUAGAUUAUAAAUAUGGAUGCAACUUUCAAAGAAGAAAAGCCACUCAAUCCAAGAGCUAGAGCUAAUAUUUUUGAAAUUGUUACUUUUAGUUGGAUUUUAAGACUUAUUAAAAAAGGAUUAAAAAAAGAAUUAGAUUUAAUCGAUUUAUACACAAUUUUGGAAGAAGAUUCAUCUGCAUUACUGGGAAACAAAUUAGAAAAGUUAUGGGAGGAUGAAUUGUUAAAUUCGAAAAAAGAAAAAAAAACUCCCAGUUUUUUAAGGACACUAAUUAAAAUGUUUGGAACAAAGUUUAUUUGUACUGGAAUUGUAUUAAUAAUAUCAGAAAUUUUUUUAAGCAUUGGUAUAUCGACUAUUAUUGGAAAAAUAGUAAAACAUUUUGAAACAAAUAAAUCAGUUAAUCAAAGUCCAGAUGGAAUUUAUUUAGCAAUUUGCUUAAUUGCACUUUUAUUAAUAAGGUCAAUGAUGUACAGCCGUUAUGAUAUGAUAAUAUCUCAUAUGGCAAUGAAAGUUCGGAUUGCAACUUGCUAUAUUAUUUACAAUAAGUCGUUGCGACUAAAAACUAAUUCUCAAGAUCAGACAACAACCGGUCAAAUAAUAAAUCUUAUGUCAAACGACGUAAAUCGGUUUGAUAUAUCGCUUUUAUAUGUUCCUUUUCUGUUGGUUGGACCUUUAGAAACAAUCGUGGUAACGUACUUUUUAUGGCAAGAAGUAGGCGUGUCAUCAGUACUUGGUGUGGCUACAUUACUUGUAUUUAUACCGUUACAAAUAUGGUUGGGAUCAAAAACGUCUGAAGUUCGAAUACAAACAGCCAAAAGAACGGACAUAAGAGUACAUUUGAUGAACGAAAUAAUAUCGGGUUUACAAGUGAUAAAAAUGUACACUUGGGAACCAUUUUUUAACAAUCUUACAAAAUAUGCCAGAAAGAAAGAAAUGAAUAAAAUAAUAAAAUCGGCGUAUGUCAAAGGAAUUUUGUCGUCGUUUUUUUUAUUUAAUACGAGAAUCGCAUUAUUUGUCAAUUUACUUGCAUACGUAUUACUCGGAAACAAUAUAACCGCAUCGAAAGUAUUUGUAAUCACGUCGUAUUAUAACAUUUUGCGAGUAACAUUGACUAUAGCUUUUCCACCGGGUGUUGGUCUAUCUGCCGAAUUAUUAGUGUCAAUAAAACGAAUUGAGGAUUUCCUUUUAUACGAAGAAAGAGAUAAACAAGUGAUGACAAACCAAAUAAAAUCAAUAGACGUUUCUAGAAAAACAAUAAACAACGGUGCUGUGUUGGAUAACGUGAAUAAUCACAACGAUACUGAAAUUCAGUUAAAUAAUUUCGGUAUAGUAAUGUCAAACGUUUCAGCCAAGUGGGUAAACGGUCAAAUCGUCAAUACCCUAGAAAAUAUAAAUUUAACUGUAACGCCCGGUCGAUUGGUUGCAAUAAUUGGUCCAGUAGGAGCAGGAAAAAGUUCGUUACUACAAGCUAUUUUACGAGAACUAUCACUUUUAGAUGGAAGUAUUUCCGUGCGUGGUGUUGUGUCAUACGCAUCGCAGGCACCAUGGUUAUUCCCAGGUUCUGUUAAACAAAAUAUAAUUUUUGGUUCGCCAAUGGACAAAGACCGUUAUAACAAAGUAAUAGAUGUUUGUGCGUUAAAAACAGAUUUUGAGCAGUUUCGAUACGGCGAUCGGACGGUUGUAGGAGAAAAAGGAUUAUCCCUUAGUGGUGGUCAAAGAGCAAGAGUAAAUUUAGCAAGAGCCAUAUAUAAACAAGCAGAUAUCUAUUUAUUGGAUGAUCCUUUAUCGGCAGUGGACACUCGUGUCGGCAAACAUUUGUUUGAAAAAUGUAUUAAAGAGUAUCUCAAAGAAAAGACUUGUAUACUAAUAACCCAUCAAAUUCAAUACUUGACUAGUGUAGAUCAAAUUGUUUUAAUGGAAAACGCAAAAGUUACAGUGGAAGGUUCAUAUCAGGAGCUUCAAAGAUCCGGUUUAGACUUUAUAAAACUACUAGGAUCUUCAACGGAAACAGCAGUUUUGACCGAAAACGAGUGUAACAAUGAAAAAUCUAAUAUCGAAAGUUCUGAAUUAUAUUCCGCAAAUACUGCACAAAAGUCAUCCGUUUCCAUUGUUGCGUCAUCUGUCAAAGAAACCGAGAUCAAUGAUGUUGACGCCGGACCGGUUAACAUGGCUGAAACGCGUUCUUCGGGAAAUGUCGGAUUUAGUAUCUAUUGGUCAUAUAUUUUGGCCAGUGGUCAUUUUUGCAAAGUAUUGAGUUUAUUGUCAGUCUGCAUUUUUACUCAAGUAAUUGCAUCCGGCAGUGAUUACUGGAUAACUUAUUGGGUUGAUUUAGAAGAUCAUUAUUUUGGUGUAAUUGAGCAAUUUGUAGCCACCAAUAAUGUUACAUUCACAAUAACCCAACCCACUGACGGAUUAAUGCCGUGGAUUGUAUCAAGACAAACUUGUGUCGUUGUAUUUGCAAUACUUACACUCUUAAUUAUCAUAUUUGCUUAUGCCGAGUUAAUUUUGUUGGUAUCUAUAUGCACCACUGCAUCCUCGAACCUUUAUAAUCGAAUGUUCAAUUCAAUUAUAAGAGCAACCAUGGCAUUUUUGAAUAAAAACCCAUCAGGUCGAAUUCUAAAUCGUUUUACAAAAGAUAUAGGAAUUAUUGACGAAGCGUUGCCUCCAGUAUUUAUUGAUGUUGUUCAAAUCGGGUUGAUGGUGAUCGGAAUAUUAAUAGUGGUGGGAAUUGUCAAUGUUUAUUUAAUCCUACUAACAUUAAUUUUAGUGGUAGUUUUUUUCAAAAUGAGAAACAUAUAUAUGACGACAACUCGUAAUGUAAAACGUCUAGAAGGAAUUGCACGAAGUCCAAUGUUUACUCAUGUAAAUUCUUCGCUUCAAGGACUGACAACAAUAAGAGCAUUUGAUGUAGAACAAAUACUUUCUCAGGAGUUUGCAAGUCAUCAAGAUUUACAUUCUUCAGCUUGGUAUUUAUUUAUGAGUUUAAGUAGAGCAUUUGGGUUUUGGUUAGAUAUUGUUGCUAUUUUGUACACAACUCUCGUAACGUUUUUUUUAAUAUUUAUUGUUAAUGAUACACGUGGUGGAAAUGUUGGUCUAGCUAUUACACAAGCGAUUGGAUUGACUGGUAUGUUCCAAUGGGUAGUAAGGCUGUCUGCGGAAUUAGAAAAUCAAAUGACGUCUGUUGAAAGAGUUCUUGAAUACACAAAUGUACCGCAAGAACCAGCUCUUGAAUCAGUUCCAAACAAAAAACCACCCGAAGGAUGGCCAAAUAAAGGAAAGAUUAUAUUCAACAAAUUAUGUAUGCGUUACAAUUCAGACUCACCAUUUAUUUUAAAAAAUAUCAGUGUUGAAAUUGAGGCUACGGAAAAAAUAGGAGUUGUUGGAAGGACUGGUGCUGGCAAAUCAUCUUUGAUUGGAGCAUUAUUUAGAUUAGCUCUUAACGAGGGUAGUAUCAUUAUAGAUGGAAUUGAAAUACACGAAUUGGGAUUACAUGAUUUGCGAUCUAAAUUGUCUAUCAUUCCUCAAGAACCAGUUUUAUUUUCAGGAACAAUGAGAAAAAACUUGGAUCCAUUUGAUAAAUAUUCGGAUCAUGUUCUUUGGAAAGCUUUAGAUGAAGUGGAACUUAAAGAUUUUGUGGAAGAUUUAUCGGAUGGGUUGAACUCAAAAAUAUCUGAAGAUGGAUCUAAUUUGAGUAUCGGUCAAAGACAAUUAGUAUGCUUAGCUAGAGUUAUUGUACAAAAUAAUAAAAUCCUUAUAAUAGAUGAAGCCACUGCCAAUGUGGAUCCACAAACUGACGGUUUGAUACAAAAUACCAUCAGAAAUAAGUUUCGAACAUGUACAGUAUUAACAAUUGCUCAUCGUUUAAUCACAGUUAUGGAUUCUGAUAAGAUACUUGUAAUGGACGCUGGUAAAAUAGUUGAAUUUGACCAUCCAUAUACUUUGUUGAAAAACAAAAAUGGAUGUUUUUACAAAAUGGUUGAACAAACAGGCCCAAAUAAUGCCAAAUUGCUACAUAGUUUAGCUACUGAGAUAAUAAUAAACAGAAUAAUAUCCUGAUUCCUGACGAAGAUAAAAAUGUAACUACAAUU